CGAAUUUUCAAUAAUGACAACAACAUACUGAUUUUAAUAUGAAGAUUAAAGCACUUAGUCGGGCGUCCAUUCAGGCCCCAGGGUCUGAAGCCAAACAGCCCCGCAACCUUGAUCCUGCAUUACAUCCAUUCGAAAGAGCCCGAGAAUACACCCGCGCCCUCAAUGCCACGAAAAUGGAAAGGAUGUUCGCCGCUCCUUUCAUCGCGCAAUUAGGAAAAGGACAUGUCGAUGGAGUUUACACAAUGGCAAAGGAUCCCAAUGCUCUCGAACGUUUUGCGAGUGGUAGUGGCGAUGGUGUUGUGAAGGUAUGGGAUUUGACCUCUCGGGAUGAGAUAUGGCAAACUAGUGCGCAUGAGAAUAUCAUCAAAGGCAUGAGUUGGACAAGGGACCAGAAACUUUUAACUUGCGCAAGUGAUCGAUCGAUAAAACUUUUCGACCCCUACAAUACAACUACUGGAUCUGCGCCCGUGGCAACGUGGUUAGGGACCAAUGCAUUUACAAGUUUAUCACAUCACCGUUCGAAUAAUGCAUUCGCAGCGGCAUCUGGAGUCAUCUCAAUAUACGAUCUCGAAAAACAGAACGCGCCACCCGAUGUUUUGAAAUGGCCAAACUCGACCGAUACUAUUACCAACGUAGCAUUUAAUCAGGUCGAAACCUCUAUACUUGCCUCAACCGCUACUGAUAGGUCAGUCGUAUUAUAUGAUCUUCGGACUGGACUUCCCAUUCACAAAACGCUGCUCAAUUUUGCCUCGAAUGCUAUAUCAUGGAAUCCUAUGGAAGCAUUCAAUUUCGCGAUAGCCAACGAAGAUCACAAUGUCUAUAUUUUCGAUAUGAGAAAGAUGGAGAGAGCAUUGAAUGUUUUGAAGGGUCAUGUUGCUGCUUGCAUGGAUGUAGAAUUCAGCCCAACUGGUGAAGAGCUCGUCACAGCAUCAUACGACAGGACAGUCAGGCUGUGGAGCCGGACCAAAGGGCACUCAAGAGAUAUUUACCACACCAAGCGUAUGCAGAGGGUCUUUUCGGCAAGAUGGACACCAGAUUCGAAGUUCAUUCUUUCGGGUUCGGACGAUGGCAAUAUUCGAUUAUGGAGAGCCAAUGCUUCCAAGCGAGAAGGCAUUAAAUCGGCCAAACAGCGGACUGCUCUGGAAUAUAACGAGGCAUUGUCGGAACGAUAUGCUCAUAUGCCCGAAAUUAGACGCAUCAAACGUCACAGACAUGUUCCUAAGGUCAUUAAGAAAGCUGGAGAGAUCAAAUCCGAGGAACUCAAGGCCAUUAAACGCAGGCAAGAGAAUGAACGCAAACACACUAAGAAGCAAUUCUCGAAGAGACGAGCAGAAAGAGAGAAAAUGGUUUUGGCAAACGAAAAGUAAUAUUAUGUAUGAUUGUCUGGGACACACUAUCUAUGGGUGCGGAGUCAAGGUAACUGGCGGCAUACGCGAGGCGUUUAGAGACUAUGGCUGGUUUUGGAGUACCACGCAUUAUAUUGAUUGACUUGAAGAUAGAAAAUGGAGAUGUGAUAAUGAAUUUCAAUCGCUGAUACAGGUGCCCUGCACUUCUGUCAAUUAUGCC